AGACUAAACCGAAGUCAAUGCAAAGCCAUAAAUCGAAAUGCUCCGGUCUAAUUUCACUUUUUAGAUUUUGACCAAUCGUCUCUACGGGUCAGGACUGUCGAUACAAAACAGGCCCAACUUCACUACGUUAAUAUACUAAAAAAGAAUGGCCCAAAGAGCGUGGAUACAAUAAAGGGCAAAACUGUCUUUUCAUAGAUACUCUUUUUUUUUUCCUUUCAGGCGAGAACAGAACUGCAAGACAAUGGCUUUGAAUGAGUGGCAGGAGAAACACAGGAUAAAUGCAGGAGAAAAUCGCAUGCAGAUUGCUCUGCAACUGAAGCCCAAUCAAAAAAAAAAUUGCAGAACAAAUUAUAAUAAUAAAAAAUACAUACCACUGCAUGCAGAAGAAGAUAUGUGAUAAAAAGGCUGUCCUGCACAAAAUAAGAAAAAGACGUUGGGGGAAUGCAGUGGGCCAAUGCAUGUGAUUGUUACUUUCUUUUUUUAUUUUUUUUAUUUCCUUGUUUUGUCUAUAAAUUCUACAACUAUCUCAUUUCAUUCUUUCACAAAUCAAACAAUCCUCUCUACAAGUAAGUUUUUUUUUUAAUUUUUCGUUUUAUAUGAAAAUUUUUGAUAAAUUUUUGUAUUGUGUUUAACUAGUUUUUCCUAUUUUUCAGGUUGUCUCAUCCAUUUAUAUCCACUAAAACAAUUAAGAAAUCAAGGUAUAUUUUCAUUUUGUUUCUUUAAUGAGUUAUGAAAAUUUAAAUUUGUUUAAAAAUAAGUUAAAAUUCAUAUUUCAUAUUGUCUCAUACACUUAUAUCCAUAAAAACAAUCAAAAAUUAAGCUACAAUUUUAUUUUGAUAAUUAUAAUUUGUUAAAAAUAAGUCAAAAUGUAUACUCAAUAAUACUUAGAAAUGAAUUAACUAAUUCUUUAAAAAAUAUAUGAUACAAUUUGCAUGCAUUUUAAUCAUCUACUUAUAUUAAAUAUUUAUUAGUUUAAUGAAUUUAUUAAUGUUAUUGAUAUUUCAUGUAUUCUCGUUUAAUAUAUUUAUAUAUUAAAAUAAUUAUUGAUAUAAUUAAUUAAUAUUUUGAAACUAUGAAAUAAUAAAUUUUUUUUUUUCAUUUUAAAUGUACUAUAACACAUGCAUGCGUUUUAAUCUUGUGUUUAAUUUUUUUUUUUUCAGUAGUUAGCAUGCGUUUCUUCUGCAACCACUGAUUAUAGUUUAAGAUAUUAUUAAUUCUGUGUAAAUUCAUUGUUGUAAAAGCGUAUAGUAGGCGUGAUUGUUUUUUAAUUUAUGUUACCAAAUAUAUUUUUACGUUAUUCAGUUUGUUCAUUUAAUACAUAUGUCUCUAUAAAAGGAAAACACGUUGACCUUCACUACAUGAAAUUAGAAGAACACAAAUGUAAUUUUGGCAAAAAAAACAAUAACUUGCUAAACUAUAAUUUAAUUAUUUGUAGUUAUUGACGGACUCGAUACACAGUUGAUAUGAUUUAUUUCUAUAUAUAGUUCCAUCUACUUUAUGUUUAAAAUUUGUUAUCAGAAAAUACAAGUAAACUAAUUAUAUUACCAGUUGUUUUAUUUUUUCAAGUUGUCUUCUAUAUCUAUAUUUAUUAUAAUAAUUGAAAAAUUAUGGUACAUAAUUUGUUUUCUUUAGUGAAUUAUAAAAACGUUAAUAUGUAUACAAAACUUGAAAUUUAUGCUGGAUAAUAUUAUGUUAGACUUACUUAGUUUCUACAAAUAUAUUAUAACAGAAAAUUGAUUUAUGUCUUGUAUUUAAUUCAAAUGUAUUUUUACUAGUUGAAUAUUUUUAUAUCUUAUCUAAUAGAGCUCAUUAAAGUUAUUUUUUUAAUUAUUCAUAUAAAUAACAUAACAGUUUAGAAUAAAAAUUUGAUUAUGUAAGAAAACUAAUAUCAUUUUCAAAUGUGUAGAUAUGGUGUCUAACCGUGGACAAAACGUGAACUCCAGUACACUUCAUACGGAAACAUCAACACGGGUAAAAUAUUUACUAUUAUAUUUAAAAUUUAAAAUUAGUAGUUUUGUUAGAAAUUAGUGAAUAAUAUAUUUUUAUUUUUAAAAAUUUUAGAGUGAAGAAUAUUUGAAAUGAGAUCAUAGACGAGAACGAAUAUUUCUUGAGUUAUACGACCAAGCACUUGCUAUGAAUUAUUAUCGUCUAAAAGACCCGUCACCACUUGGUAAAGAGUUUAUAGUUGACAAGUUCAACCAAGAAUUUAAUCUUGAUAUAAACUAUAAGUUCUUCAGAGAAAAACUUGAUCAAAUGAAAAGAAAGUACAAGAAGUAUACGGGGCUUAUGCAAAACUCUACGGGUAUCUCGGUUGAUCCGGUUACGUCUGUAAUUUCUGCAUCUGAUUCGUGGUGGAAAGAUCGUGAAAUUUUUUCGAUCAAGAUAAUUACGAUGAAUGCGAAAGGGCUAUCAAGAUAUUUGAAUCGAUGGAAGUUCCAAAGAAUACUAAAUUUUAUUGGGCAUGCAUUCAAGCAUUCAAAGAUGACAGAUUUUGGCGAAAGUAUUUCAUUGAUAGAGCUGACAACAGUAGUGAAGAUAAGCUACAGUUUUUGCAAGCUCUAACUGGAUAUACACGAGACAGUGAGUUUGUUGGAAAGCGGUUAGCCUCGGGUCAGAAUUCUGGAAACCCAAAUUUAAGUGGUAGUUUUUCUGGUAGUCCAUCUUCCGGUGGAAACAAUUCAUGGGGUCGAACUUCAGGUGGACCAUUGGGCAACGUUUCUCAGCAAUGGGGUACACCUCCAAAUGUUCAGCAAUGGGGUUCAUCAUCAAAUGUUCCACAAUGGGGUACACCUCCAAAUGUUCCGCAAUGGGGUUCAUCAUCAAAUGUUCCACAAUGGGGUACACCUCCAAAUGCUCCGCAAUGGGGUUCAUCCUCAAAUGGUCCACAAUGGGGUUCAUCAUCAAAUGUUCCAUGGGGUACACCUCCAAAUGCUCAGCAAUGGGGCUCAUCACCAAAUGUUCCACAGUGGGGUACACCUCCAAAUGCUCAGCAAUGGGGUUCAUCAUCAAAUGUUCAACAAUGGGGUUCAUCAUCAAAUAUUCCACAAUGGGGUACACCUCCAAAUGUUCAACGUGGAUUUUCAGUGGGACCAGAAGCUGAAACAAAUAUGAAUAAUCAACAAAGAGAUUCUCUGGAAGCAGAAGGUCGCAUAUCAGCUAACCUUCAUAUGAGAGUAUCACCAGAAUUCGGUUUCACAAAUUAUUCUUCAGAAGCGCAAAUUCCAAGAUCCCGCAGAAGAGGAGGAUUAUUCAAUAUCUGGGGAAAGAAACAAGGACCAAAUUUAAAUGAAAGUCAUCAAAGUGAAUCUGAAGAUGAAGAUUAGUUUCGUAUUGUUUGCUAUUAAUAAUUAUGUUAUGUUUCAUUUUAUGUUUUCGUCAUAUCUAUUAAGUAUUAUAAAGAACUUCUCAAUUUGAUUUUAGUUAUUUUUUGUGCUUAAAAGUUUAUUUAAUAAUUAAUGAGUUUUUAAAACUCUUAUUUAAAUCUUACCUCAUAUUUUUAAAAUUGCAGGCAUUUCGUAUAUGUCAGUUACGAGCACAUGGUGUUCAAAAUCUAAAUUAUGAAGAGCGAAUUGAGUUGUGGAAUUUG